CCUUUUACUUUCUGAUAUUGAUAUUUGUAACAAGUUUGUUGAUAAAUGGCUUGAUAAGGUUGUCAUUGAAUAAGGAGCCUUUUAAAUUUACCAAUGAAUACGAGAAUAAGGAUAGCUACGGUGACGACGAGGGUGAACUCCAAGAGUUGUUGAACUUAAAUUUGACGGAUUUUGGUAAUAUAUUUCCAGGAGCGUGUUUGCCAUUUGGAAUGGUAAAGGUUGGAAUUGACACUGACCGUCCUAAUGAAUUUCAAGCUGGCGGCACUGGAGGCGAGCCAAAGUAUGGCGUGAUAAGUCAACUCCCGAUUGUCGUUCCGAUCUCUGAGAUAGACUUUGAUGAUAUAAAAUCGGCCAGGUCAUUUGAAAAUUUUACACCCGGUUACUCCAUAUUUGGCCUUGAGCGAUAUAAUAUCACCGUGGAGUUGACAGCAACCCGACGAGCUGCAUUGCAUAGAUAUACUUAUCCAGAGGAUGCAAAUAAUAAUUCCCAUGUGAUAAUUGAUAUAUCUCAUUUCUUGAAAGUAUCGUGUCCGUGCGGGAAAUUUCACGAUGGCGCCAUCUAUUCCGUGACUGAUACUCAAGUAAAAGGUGUGGGUCAAUACUCGGGAGGUUGGAACCUAGGUGGUCCUUACAAAGUUUACUUUUGUUCUCAGUUCGAUACCCCAGCCAUAUUUUAUUCAACAUGGUGGAACAAUAUAAUCACAGAAACAACUUUUGACACUGGUGCGGACGGACAUUCUAUUGGUGCGGCUUGCCGGAAUGCGGAGUCGGAAAUUCCGAGUUUUAAUUUCAAGAGAGUAAAGGAAAAAGCAAUUAAAGCUUGGGAAAGAGAGUUGGAAAAAAUAAUAGUUGAAG